AUGGAGGCGGCCGUGGCUUCGGCAGCAUCCAGCAGGACGGUGACGGCCCAGCUCCUCACUCCGCAGCUGAGCGAACAGCGCGCCCUGAGGGCAGCUGAGGACGCAGUGCUGGAGGAGCAAAUCAGGACAGCCGCGUUCCUGAGCGCGGGGGCCGAGAUCAUUAUCACCCCCGAGCCUGCCCAGCCAGCCGAGGGCGACAACGUGACUCUGGCUGUCCAAGGGCUUUCGGGGGAACUGCUGGCCUACAACUGGUACGCGGGGCCCACACUCAGCCUGUCUUACCUGGUAGCCAGCUACAUCGUAAGCACAGGCGAUGAGACCCCUGGCCCAGCCCACACGGGGCGAGAGGCUGUGCGCCCUGACGGUGGCCUGGACAUCCAGGGUGCCCUGCCUGGGCACUCGGGCACCUACAUCCUGCAGACUCUCAACAGGCAAUUUCAGACGGAGGUGGGCUACGGACACAUGCAGGUCUAUGAGAUGCUGGCCCAGCCCGUGGUCGUGGCCAACAGCACGGCCUUGGUGGAGCGCCGGGACACUCUACACCUGACAUGCAGCAGCCCCAGCCCUGCUGAGGUCCGCUGGUUCUUCAACGGCGACGCCUUGCCCAUCGCCGUGCGCCUUGGCCUGUCCCCCGAUGGCCGGGUGCUGACUCGGCAUGGCAUCCGCAGGGAGGAGGCCGGCGCCUACCAGUGUGAGGUCUGGAACCCUGUCAGUGUCAGCCGCAGCGAGCCCGUCAACCUGACCGUGUACUUUGGCCCAGAACGCGUGGCCAUACUCCAGGACUCCACCACCCGCACAGGCUGCACCAUCAAAGUCGACUUCAACACGUCCCUCACGCUGUGGUGCGCGGCCCGGUCCUGCCCGGAGCCCGAGUAUGUGUGGGCCUUCAAUGGGCGGGCCUUAAAGAACGACCAAGACCACCUGAACAUCAGUAGCAUGACAGCCGCCCAGGAGGGCACGUACACGUGUAUUGUUAAGAACCCCAAGACCCUGCUCUCUGGAUCUGCCUCAGUGGUGGUCAAACUCUCUGCGGCCACGGUCGUCAUGACCAUCGUUCCGGUGCCCACCCGGCCGAUGGAGGGCCAGGACGUGACGCUGACCGUCCAGGGCUACCCCAAGGACCUGCUGGUCUACGCCUGGUACCGCGGGCCUGCCUCCGAGCCUAACCGGCUUCUCAGCCAACUUCCUUCCGGGAACUGGAUCGCAGGCCCCGCGCACACAGGCCGGGAGGUGGGCUUCCCCAACUGCUCACUGCUGGUGCAGAAGCUGAACCUCACGGAUGCCGGCCGCUACACCCUCAAGACCGUCACACUGCAGGGCAAGACGGAGACGCUGGAAGUGGAGCUGCAGGUGGCCCUCAACCUUCCUUCCUCGCCCAAGGACCAACGCCACACCUUCCUGAAUCUGAACCUGGCACAGGCUGAGCAUGGGGCGGAGUUAGAGCCAACAGGGCCCUACGCCUUCACCGCGCUGUCGGAGAGCCACAGAGGCUAUAAACACCUUGGUUAA